AUGCUGCCAUCGUCUUCGCUGCGCACCGGCUGCCGGCGCAUGGCGGCCAUAGCCCUCCCAACCCGAGUCUUGUCAUCACCUUCCGCCGUGCACCGGCGCUGCCUCUGGAUGGCUCGCUGCCUCUUCCAGCCAAAACGAGCCCUCAGCACGCAGCCAUCGAUACCUUCGAUGCCCCAGCCCAGGAUCUUGAUCGUCAAUCCCAACACGAGCUCCGACUUCACGGAGAAGAUCCGGGACGCGGGCCGCGCCGCAGCAGCUGCGGCCGGCGCGGUGGUGGAUGCCGUGCAGCCCGCGGAGGGGCCGGAAAGCAUCGAGUCGGUGUACGAGGAGCUGCUGUCGUCUCCGCCCACGCUGCGCAUAAUGCGGGAGCGAGAAACGGAGUGCGACGCCAUGGUGCUCGCGUGCUUCAGCGACCACCCGGCGCUGCACGCCGCCCGGGAGUGCCUGCGAGUACCCGUGGUGGGCCUCCUCGACGCGUCGGUGCUCACGGGGCUGCUGCUCGGGGACCGCGUCAGCAUCGUCUCCACGUCGGCCACCUGGAGGCCCCUCCUGCGCAAGGGCUGCGAAGCGCUCCUCGGCGGCAACAGCGCGCGGCUCGCCUCCGUCCGGACCAUCGACCUCCCCGUGCUCGCUCUCGAGGGCGCGCCUCGACAGCAGGGAGCACCAGCAGAAUCCGCGGGCGGCGCAUACGGCGUUGACGAGGCCAUCGAGCGGAUUUGCGCCGAGGCCAAGCAGGCGGUGGAAGGGGACGGCGCGGACGUGAUCGUGCUGGGCUGUGCUGGCAUGGCGGGCUUGAGGGCCCGCGUGGAAUGCGCCGUGGGUGGAGGCGUGGACGGCGGGUCCUUGGUGGCCGUGGUGGAGCCAGUGGCGGCGGCGGUCGAGUGCGCAGCAUCCUUGGCAAGACAACGCCUCUUCACUGCGAAGCGGUGCCUCUACUCCACGCCGAAGGUUUCCCCACCGCACCUCGCGGACCUGGUUCCCCCCAAAAACCAGGAUUCCACGAAGCUGCUGGCACUGGACAAGUGGUUCUACAAUGCCAAGGAGGCAAGAGAAGCGCCUGUGGACAAGGCCUACGUCUGCAAAGUGGCAGAGUGGAAGCUGUCGCGGGGCACUUUUCGACCCGGGCUGCUUCAGAAGGCGCAGUCGAACUCUGAGGCAGCGGUGCAGAAAGCCUUAAAGGCUGCGUCAGAGGUCAUCGACGAGGAUCCGGCAAAGGCCAUAAAGGCCUUGGACACCACCUUGGCCGGAAUUGGCCCGGCGACCGCCUCGGCCGUGUUGUGCCGGGCCUUCCCCACAAAGGUGGCCUUCAUGUCGGAUGAGGCCAUGCUCGGGUGUGGUCUCUUCAGCAAGGCCUCAGAGAUCAAGUACGACCUGAAGACCUUCGCGCGCUUUAACGAGACGGUGCAGAUGAAAGCGCAAGAGCUGGGCGCACCUUGGACAGGCGACACCGUGGCGAAGGCGCUUUGGGCGACCCGCACGCUGCAAAAGGACGCGGCCGCGCCCAAACCGGUCAUGAAGGUGCCAGCGGCAAAAGUCUCUGGCUCUACAGGCGUCAAGAAAACCAUUGCCAAGAAUGGCAAAAAGUGA